AUGCCACCACGAACAGCAAGACGUAAAAAGGCCAAGACAAAAGCAGAUUCAUCUGAUGAUCACGAGGAGGAGGAACGUAAGCAAGAGGAAGAAGUAGAGGAGGAUGAUAGAGUGGUGAUUGAAGUGGAGGAUGAUUCUGAUUAUAAGGAAAAGACCAAGAGGAAGAGAAAGAAAAAGAAUGAUGAUUCGGAAAAGCCAAAGAAGAAGAAUAAGAAGUCUUCUGCAUCAUCGUCAUCAAAUGUUGAGGAGGAAGAAGCUGAAGAACCAAAGAAAAAGAAAUCAAAGAAGAAGGAUAAAACUGAUGAAGAGGAGGAGGCCAAUGAUAAAUCAACACCACUUGAUGAAAAUACAGAACAGUAUGAUAUGAUGGAUGUAAAAGAAGAGGAGGUUGAAGUAUCCUUGGAUUCAAUCAAAUUUGAUAAUGAAUUUACGAUGCAAGCUGUUAAUCACGUAAAGGAAUCAAUUGCUUUUCUUGAUUCUGUGGAAUUAAAUUAUCCAAGCCUUCCAUCAGCAGAACGUCAAGGCAUUAUAACAAUCUUGAAACAUUUGCAAAACAAGGUUGCAAAAUUGGGUGAUCUGUGCAAAUCAGCAGAGUUAUUACUAUUCCGUGGAAAGAAUCAUGAUAUGAGUGAGUAUGGAUUAUUGAACACUGUUCAAUUGCCAGAGAUUUGGUCUACUGUUUUCUCCUUUUUAGACUUUUCUGAUUUUCUUAAAGCUUCUCAAGUUUGCAAAACAUGGCACACUGCUAGCUCGCAUCCAUGUGCUCUGAGCUGUUUUAAUUUGGAUUUUGAUGCAGACUACUCAGUAUUGCAUUUUGUGGAAAUUUAUAAGAAGUACAUUUCUUGGAGAUUGGAAAAUAUUUAUACAGUUUGGGACAUUCCUCAAAGGCUAAUUAAAUGGUUUGCCUCGAGUGGUGUUGUCUUUCCAAAUGCCAAAUACAGAGAUGCCAAAUAUAGAGUUGCUUGGGAUGAUUCAAGUAUUGAAACCAAUGACUCUGACAUUGCACAGGUUUUCCCUAAAAUCAACAAGUCAAUAUUUGAACCAGAGUUCAUCUCACUUUGGGGAUUCCUCGACAUUAGAUCUUCAAGCAAGAAAACCAUUCCGACUGGUACUAAUAUUGCAAAACUUUUCGACAAGCAUGUUGAAUUUGAAGAUCCUGCAAGCAUUGAGGAGUUGGUCAUUUUGAAAGUUGAUGAAUCUAAAUUGCCCGAAUUUGAAAAUCUAAAGAGAUUGGAUCUAUCUCUCCUAUUGAGAAUGAAAGAAACUGAAGACAUGACAUAUUGUUUCAAAUCUAAAAAGUUGACAAAACUUUGUGUUACCUACUCGGUUUUCUUUGAUGAAAUGCUACCAGUGGUUGCCAAUUUGGAAAAUAUCAAAUCUUUAAAGUUAGUGGAUUCAGCAUCAUAUAGGAAGGGUUGUACCAUUGUUUCUGAACUUAAUAGAUUCAAGAAUUUGAUUGAAUUAGAAAUGGAAACACUAAACGAGUCAGACCUUAUUCAAUUCCCGUCAACUAUUCGUAAAUUAAAAAUUGGAAAGAUUACAGAAAAGAAUGCCAAAAUUUUCCCUCUCCUUGUAAAUAUUGAAGAAUUACACACUACUGAACAAGUUCUUUCCCAUAUCAAUCUUAUAAGAUUACCCAAUUUGAAAACUCUCCUAGUUUAUAACAAUUCCUCAAACCACAACAAGCAAGUUACAAUUGAGUCCUCAACUCUGGAAAAUAUCUGUCUUUUAACCUAUAAUUCUAUUACUAUCAAGUGUCCAAACUUGUAUGACUUGAGAUUAGGACCUGGAUUGAAAGGAGGAUCUGAUUCAGUCUACAUUAAGAGCAACCAGUUGACAAACUUUACAUUGGAACGUGAUAUUCAAAUGUUGAGUAUACAAGGACCAAACUUUGUGGCAGAUGGAACAAUACUAGACAGGGUGAAAAAUAUUGUAGAUUUGGAAUGUCCACUUAUUGACAAAGCCUAUGUCAACUCUCUCUCCUCAAUUAAUCAAGGAGAUAGUUUUAGAACUCUAUUGACAAAGCAAAUCAAGACUCUUACCAUAUCUGUCAGCUAUUUUGAAUUGUUCAAUACUAAGACUGAAAUUCAACGAUUGACAAUAACAAAUUGGAAAAGUAAUCAAACAAUAUCAGCAGCCAAGAUGAAUAUUUAUAGACAAAAUGUACAUAACUACAAGACAUUAGAAAUUAUUAAUUGCUCUGUGGAUGUUGUAAAUCUACUGAACUCUAUUUUCAAGGAUAGUACUAGUUUGGAAUCUCUGAGAAUUCAAGACACCAGCUAUGAUACUGAGUAUUUUGAUUCCCUUUCUGACCCUACCAAUUAUCCAAAUAUGAAAUCAUUGUCAUUGUGCAACAUUAGCAGCUUAAAGCCACAAAACGGCACCAAAUUUUUAAAGGGAUGUGAUAAAAGGCCCCUACUGACAAGAAUUGAACUCCAAUACAGAUCAUCCUACAAGAAAAAGUUUGGCACCUACAUUCCAAUUCACUGUACAAGUUAUAUUGGCCAACUCUCUGGAUGUGUGAAUACCAGUGCUCUUCCAAAUCUUACCCAUUUAACAAUUACAUCAGGAGGCAUGUCAUUCAUUGAUUAUUCAGCAUUUAAUUAUUUCCCAAACUUGAAAUUCUUACAUUUUUCUCAAUUAUCUUAUUUGGAUAGUUCCAUGGCAGGUUCAGAGAAAAUUUUGGACUAUUGCAAAAAUUUGGAAACUGUAAUUUCAUUGUUUAAUGUACCAAAAGAGUUCCACGAAAAGAAGGAAAUAACAGUUGUAGAAAAUGUAUAAAUUGGAAAAUGUUCAAAUAAAUAACAUUUCCAAAUUUGU